AGGCUGAAUUUUGCCCUUCACAUUCACUCAACCACUGUCCUAGCCGAGCAGAACCGACGAGAAGAAACAAAACGGCGUGUGUGGGUGGAGAGGCGUAAAAAAGCAAAAUCUUCCACCUUUUACCACCAUCACUAGAUCUACAACCUAAAUAGUUUAACAUAAUGGGUCUCCUUGAUAUCGUUCCUCCAGGUGUCGUUGACGGCAAAGACGUCUACAAAGUAUUCGACUAUGCUCGUGAACACAAGUUUGCUAUUCCAGCAUUCAACGUCACCUCUACAAACUCUGUAAACGCUGCUCUUGAAGCUGCUCGUGACGUCAAGUCUCCAGUCAUCUUGCAAGUUUCUCAAGGUGGUGCUGCUUUCUUCGCAGGAAAAGGUGUCGCAAACGACAAGCAACAAGCAAGCAUUGCAGGUGCAACAGCCGCUGCUCACUUUAUCCGUGCUAUUGCACCUACUUACGGUGUCCCAGUCAUCUUGCACUCUGAUCACUGUGCCAAGAAGCUUUUGCCUUGGUUCGAUGGAAUGCUCGAAGCUGAUGAAGCAUACUACAAGAAAGAAGGAAAGCCACUUUUUAGCUCUCACAUGCUUGAUUUGUCCGAAGAACCAAAAGAAGAAAACAUUGAAACCUGCGUUAAAUACUUGAAGCGUAUGGCUCCUUUGGGUAUCUGGCUCGAGAUGGAAAUCGGUAUCACUGGAGGAGAAGAAGAUGGUGUAAACAACGAAAGCGUUGACAACUCCAAAUUGUACACUCAACCAGAAGACAUUUGGGACAUUUACCGCGAAUUCUCCAAGAUCACACCAAACUUCUCCAUCGCUGCCGGUUUCGGUAACGUGCACGGUGUGUACAAGCCAGGAAACGUUUCCUUGCAACCUGACUUGCUCAGAAAGCACCAAGAAUAUGUUCGCGGUCAAAUCAAGAGCGACAAAGAAUUGCCCGUCUUCCUUGUCUUCCACGGUGGAUCCGGAAGUGAAAAGCACGAGAUCAAGACUGCCCGUGAGAACGGUGUUGUCAAGAUGAACGUUGACACUGACACUCAAUGGGCAUUCUGUAUCGGAUUGCGUGACUUCUUCGGCAAGAACGUCGAUUACCUCAAAUCCCAAGUUGGUAACCCAGAAGGAGCUGACAAGCCAAACAAGAAGUUCUACGACCCACGUAACUUCAUGCGUGAGGCCGAAAAGACCAUGGCACAACGCUGCAAGGUCGCUUUCGAGGAUUUGAACAGUGCCAACCAACUUUAAUUAUUUAAGUAUAUAAUUGUCGAUUGUUGAAAAUGUCAUCGUUAUUCAUUAAGAUAAGCCGCUGUGAGUUGACAACGGGCGCUGCGCGGCCGUUCCC